AUGACUCCAACUUCAAAGAACCGCUCUGGUCCUGGUGCGUUCUGUCCUCCCAAUACGACAUCGCUUUCUAGCUUCCCGACCAGAGAACCCACGACACCGUCGGUUUUGGACCGUAUAUUGGCGGCUGCUGCCAGCUACUCUAUUCUAUACUAUUCUUUAAGAAACUCUUCUGAUGGGAAAGUAGAGAAGCUUUACGGUCUAGCUCCUGUCUGCAAAUUCUUGACUCAAAGAAGGUGAGGACGGUGUCUACUAUUGCCACCUCUUUGCCUCAUGAACCAAGAAUAAAGUAAACUCAUGGAAAGCUGGUAUUAUUUGAAAGAAGCAGUUCUUGAUAGGAGGAACUUUAAACUUCCAUUUAACAAGGCCCAUGGAAUGGAUGAAUUUGAAUAUCAUGGCACAGAUCCAAGAUUCAGUAAGGUUUUCAACAUGGGAAUGUCUAACCAUUCCACCGUUACCAUGAAGAAAAUUCUUGAAACCUACAAAGGCUUUGAGGGCCUCACAUCUUUGGUGGAUGUGGGUGGUGGAACUGGAGCUGUAAUUAACAUGAUCGUCUCCAAAUACCCUUCGCUAAAGGGUAUUAACUUCGAUUUGCCCCAUGUUAUUGAGGGUGCCCCGUCUUAUCCCGGUGUGGAGCAUGAUAGCGGAGACAUGUUUGUUAGUGUUCCUAAAGCAGAUGCCAUUUUCGUGAAGUCGGUAUGCCACAAUUGGAGCGACGAACAUUGCUUAAAAUUUUUGAAGAAUUUUUGCGAUGCUUUACCCGUAAACGGAAAAGUAAUUGUGGCCGAUUAUGUUCUUCCGGUAGCCCCCGACACAAGCCUUGCCACCAAGGGAGUCAUCCACAUGGACUGUAUAAUGUUGGCUCUCCAGUCAGGUGGGAAAGAGAGAACUGAAAAUGAAUUUGAGGCAUUAGCUAAAGGAGCUGGGUUUACGGGUUUUCAAGUAACCUGUUCUGCUUUUAAUACCUGCGUUAUGGAAUUUAUCAAGAAGGCCUAGGAUGGAUGCACAUGAGGAGUAGAAAUUUACACUUAAAAUUAUAAUAUUAUAUAAUAUUAAAAAUAAAAUUUUGAAAUUUUAAAGGGGCUAGGCCCCAUGUCGACCCCUAUCAGCCCCCUUUAUCUUUCUAUGCCUAAAUAUUAUAUACUUUUUUUUUUUAAGUUGAAUAACUUUGUUUCAAGUUAUGUAAUUCUACCUUUAAAAACAAAUAAUUUGAUCAUAUGUUACUUAUAGCAUUUUAUAUCAAAUAAACUACAAAAUAUUUAUAA